AUGGUUCUGAAAUCGCUGUCGUUAUUAAUGUUGUUUGUUGUAGUGGCGCAAUCAUGCAGUCGACGCCGUGGUGGCGGUGGCGGUGGAGGUGGAGGUCGGCCGACUUGUACGCCCAUUUGCACAAUAAGAUGUUACCCUAUGCGAAUUUGCUCACCGGGAAGAGGUUGUCGUGUUGAAAGAAAUUGCGGUAGAGUUUGUACAUAUCCUUGUAGAAGUGUGAAGAAACGAGCAGUUCAAACUGGUGAAAGCGAUGUAACUAUUUUGUUACCAGAUUUUCAUAAGUUUUCAGACUACGACAGUGAUCAAAAUGGUGAGAUUUCCAAAAGCGAAUUUUCGAGUGUGUUGAAUGUGACUGAGAAAGAUGCUCAGGAGGCCUUUGAGUUCCUUGACAUCAACAAAGACGGGAAGAUAACUCCUGAUGAGUUUGAAAUAAUCAAAAGGAGCGUGAACGAGGACGGCGCGCAAUUAAACAAGGACGAUUAA